GCGGCUCUCAAACUUUAGUGUGGAUCGUGGAAGCGGAGGGAGAGGAGCCCGUGGAGCCGAUAUAAACCAAACCAGCAGCCGCUCUCCUGUCUGUCUUUGUUUUGGUUUGGGUUUUUUCUUCCUUGUCGGAUCGCUGCUCAUUUUUUAAUGUUGAGCUGAAGUUUCUUGGCUGUGGUGACGGACCUCUUUCUCCUGGAUUCAUCUCUUUUAGUUUCGGACUCUCUGUGUAAAAACUGUUUUUAUUAUCAUUCUGGGGAAAUAACGGGACCGCUCCGUCUCUCUCUGAUAUUUUCAUGCCUAUUUCUAAGGAGCACAGACUUAUCCUUUUUCCUAGGUGAGAAUAUUAAGCAUGGAUGACUGUCCGCUGCAGGUGGUGCUUUUCUUAUGUCUGCUGCUGAGUUCCUGCUCCAGCUUUGAGAUCGGCUCCUACGACCUGGACCGGGACAGACCUGCUAAGUGUGAGCCCAUCGUGAUCCCCAUGUGCCAGGGCAUCGGCUACAACCUCACCCGGAUGCCCAACUUCAUGCAGCACGAUGACCAGGAGGAGGCUGCCAUCAAGCUGCUGGAGUUCGCCCCCCUGGUGAGCUACGGCUGCGAUGUGCACCUCCGUUUCUUCCUCUGCUCCCUCUAUGCCCCCAUGUGCACGGAUAAAGUGUCCACCUCCAUCCCAGCCUGCCGGCCCAUGUGCGAGCAGGCCAGGGAGAAGUGUGCCCCCAUCAUGAAGCAGUUCAGCUACACCUGGCCUGAAUCGCUGAACUGCUCCAAGCUGCCCACCAGGAACGACCCGAACGCCCUGUGCAUUGAGGCCCCUGAGAACGAAACCAGGACGGAAGGAAAGAAGGGUGAGGGGAUGCUCCCGGUCCCCCCGAGGCCCCGGCAGCCGGGCACCAGCGGGGCCCACCCUCCGCGCCCGGUGGGUUCCUGUGAGAACCCGGAUAAGUUCCAGUUCGUGGAGAAGAGCCAGUCCUGCGCCCCACGCUGCUCCCCGGCCGUGGACGUCUACUGGUCCAGGCAGGAUAAGGACUUUGCCUUCAUCUGGGUGACGGUGUGGUCUAUCCUGUGUUUUGUUUCCACUGCUUUCACUGUGCUGACCUUCCUCCUGGAGCCCCACCGCUUCCAGUACCCAGAGAGACCCAUCAUCUUCCUCUCCAUGUGUUACAACGUCUACUCUGUGGCCUUCAUCAUCCGCUCGGUGGCAGGGUCAGAGAACAUCGCUUGUGAUCGUGAGCACGGAGAGCUGUACAUCAUCCAGGAGGGGCUGGAGUCCACUGGCUGCACCAUAGUCUUUCUCAUCCUGUACUACUUUGGAAUGGCCUCUUCAAUCUGGUGGGUCAUCCUCACCCUCACCUGGUUCCUGGCUGCAGGGAAGAAGUGGGGCCACGAGGCCAUUGAGGCCCACAGCAACUAUUUUCACAUGGCUGCUUGGGGCAUCCCCGCUCUUAAGACUAUCAUCAUCCUCACUAUGAGGAAGGUGGCUGGCGAUGAGCUGACGGGGCUGUGCUACGUGGGCAGCAUGGACCCGGGGGCGCUCACUGGCUUCGUCCUCAUCCCGCUGUCCUGCUACCUGAUCAUCGGCACGUCCUUCAUCCUCACAGGCUUCGUCGCCCUCUUCCACAUCCGUAAAGUCAUGAAGACAGAGGGCACCAACACGGAGAAGCUGGAGAAGCUCAUGGUGAAGAUUGGCAUCUACUCCAUCCUGUACACUGUCCCAGCCACCUGCGUCAUUAUCUGCUACUUCUACGAGAGGCUCAAUAUGGACUACUGGAAGCUGAGGGGGCAGCAGAUGAAAUGCAGCUCCUUUGGGGGGCAAGCCGGCGACUGCUCGUUGCAGACGUCCGUACCCACAGUGGCCGUGUUCAUGCUGAAGAUCUUCAUGUCUUUGGUGGUCGGCAUCACCAGCGGGGUGUGGGUGUGGAGCUCCAAGACCCUGCAGACCUGGCAGGGCCUGUGCAGCAGGAAGCUGGCGGACAGGACUAGUGGGAGGAAGCCCUGCGGCGGCGUGAACUGUGGCAGCACGCACUGCCACUACAAAUCUCCUGCUGUGGUUCUGCACAUGGCCAAGACUGAUCCGCACUCAGACACCCCUACACAUGUCUAACAGGAAACACACACACUUUGUACCCUGAGUGAGGAGGUGCUAAAAGGCUUGAACUCAACUGUGGGGUACUUCACUGCUGCUGCCAAAUGGCACACAGGUAUCUGUAAAACAGUAUUCAGUUAAUGCAUAAAGGGAAAUGUUUGGCAUGUUACUCAUAUUUUCUUGUUCAUACUGUUCUCCAGUUUUGCAAAGCGAUAUAUCAAUAUGUAUACACAUGCUGUUCAAUGAGAGGAUUUUGGGAAAUAUUUGUGUAUUUUCCUCUCUGAGAGUCAUGAUUAUUUGUAUAAAUCUGUAAAAAUGGGUUAUUUAUUGUAAAUAUAUUUAAUUUAAAGCCCACGUUGGCUCUUACUAAUGUUUAGUUACAUGGAUUAAAAGUUAAGGGAAAUUAAGUGCCUUUUAUAAGAAAAUUGGUUUGUUGGGGGGGCGAGGUUAAUAAAUCUGAGGAGCUCAUGUUAA